UCCUGGAGAGCGAUAGAAAGACAAGUAUGGACCAUAGCGUUGUCUCCGGACGGAAAGACAGUGGUUAGCGGGAGUAAGGAUGGUGCGGUGAGGCUGUGGGACAUUGACACAUGCAAGGUCAUCGCGAAAUGGACAGGGCACACAAAGCUUGUGGUGUCUGUCUGCUGGAGUCGAGAUGGUCGGAGAGUGUUAAGCGGAUCUGAGGAUGGGACUGCAAGACAAUGGAACGUGGAACGUGGGGGGACAUUGGACAUGGAAAGCAGAGAAACCAUACUUGCAUCGAUCAAGACAGGACACGAUGAAGUGUGGGCAGUCGCCUAUUCACCAGACAUGUCCUUGAUUGCGACUGGUGGACGUGAUGCGCCCCAUACCGGAAAACACGAAUCCUCAAUUCAAAUCUGGGAUGCAAAGACAAGCAAGCUUGUCGCAACUCUCAAAGGACACACACAGGAAGUUACUUGCCUAGCUUGGAC